AUGUUUGUCCGCCAUAUUGGCGAGCUCCUCCAUCUCACCCAACGAUUGCAAAGCAUGCGGCCCCCGAGCCGGUGUAGCUCGGGAACAUUUUAACUGUGUUGCGACCCUGAAAACCGGAAUCAUGGAGGCUGUUAAAGCAUUUAACGGCGAGCUGUAUUCGCUGAAUGAAUACAAGCCUCCGAUCUCCAAAGCCAAGAUGACCAAUAUCACAAAGUCUGCAAUUAAAGCUAUAAAGUUCUACAAGCAUGUGGUCCAGAGUGUGGAGAAGUUCAUUCAGAAGUGCAAGCCUGAAUACAAGGUGGCAGGGUUGUAUGUGGUUGACUCCAUUGUGCGUCAGUCACGCCACCAGUUUGGGCAGGACAAAGAUGUGUUUGCGCCUCGCUUCAGCAAGAACAUCAUUGGAACCUUCCAGAACCUCUACCGAUGUCCGUCUGAUGACAAAAGUAAGAUUGUUAGGGUCCUUAACCUGUGGCAGAAGAACAUGGUCUUCAAGAGUGACAUCAUCCAGCCACUGCUGGAUAUGGCGGCUGGACUGCCACCCCCUAGUGUCACCCCCGUCAUGUCCAGCUCUUCUGCUCCUGUCAACAACGCUACUCCUGGCACUCCUGCCACUCCAGCAACCCCUGCUAACAUAGUGCAGAGUCUGCCAGACUGGGCAGCACAGAUCUCCAACACAGAUACGGUGGCUGCCGUGGCUCAAAUUCUCCAGAGCCCUCAGGGCCAGCAGCUUCAGCAGCUGGUGCAGAGCCUGCAGAUGCAGCAGCAGAAGCCCCAGCCCUCUCUCCUGCAGGCCCUGGACGCAGGCCUGGUGGUGCAGCUCCAGGCCCUCACCGCCCAGCUCACCGCUGCCGCCGCAGCCAACACACUCAACCCACUGGAGCAGAGGGUUUCUUCAUUCAACAAGAAACUGUUGGGGCAAUUUGACUUUGGCAAUGAAGCUGAACGGCAAGAGGAGACGAAAAAGGAAACGGCACAGCCUCAACUGCCCAUGGUGUCUGAGUCCAUCAACAGCUCCAUCUUCCAUCAGUUGGCUGAGCAGCUGCAGCAGCAGAACCUGGAGCAGUUCCAGAAGCAGCUGAUGGAACACCAGCAGCACCAGCAGAAGACAAUGUCUAUGGAGAGUCAAGAAGCCAUCUAUGGCUCAGAGAACACAUCCACUCCGACGCAGGGCAGCAGCCAACUCCAGCUCCAGGAGACGGACUCCAAGAUGGAUGACUCCAUUGACAACCAACAACAGGACAUGGAGCUGGAUGAGGGACAAGACACUAUGGACGAGGACAUGUUUGAGGCAGAUGACAAGAAAACCAGUGGCACGCGCUCCAGAUCACGCUCUAGGUCUCGCUCCAGGUCUCCCCGCAAGAGACGGUCACGGUCACGUUCUGGCUCUCGGAAGCGAAAGCACCGCAAGCGCUCUCGCUCACGGUCCCGGGACCGCAAGAGGAAGUCGUCGCGCUCCUACUCCAGUGAGCGACGUGCCCGGGAGCGAGAGAAAGAGCGACAGAAGAAGGGACUCCCUCCCAUACGCUCCAAAUUUCUCAGUGUGUGCAGCACCACUCUCUGGGUGGGCCAGGUGGACAAGAAGGCCACCCAGCAAGACCUCACCAACCUGUUUGAGGAGUUUGGCCAAAUCGAAUCCAUCAAUAUGAUUCCCCCCAGGGGCUGUGCCUACAUCUGCAUGGUGCACAGACAAGACGCCUACCGCGCCCGGGCCAAGCUCAGCACGGGCUCCUACAAGAUCGGCUCCAAGGUCAUCAAGAUUGCAUGGGCACUGAAUAAGGGUGUGAAGCAGGAGUACAAACA